AUGGCUGUGAAACUGGACAUGAGUAAAGAAUAUAAUAGGGUUGAGUGGAUGUUUGUCUCAAAGGUGAUGAAGAAAAUGGGCUUUGAUGAUAGGUGGAUUAAUUGGGUCAUGAAGUGUGUGUCGACAGUUGCUCAUGCGGUUGUCAAUAAUGGGGAACCGUCAGAUUUCUUUAUGCAAGAGAGGGGCCUGAGACAGGGAGACCCAUUAUCGCCAGAUUUGUUUAUUAUCUGUGUUGAAGUCUUUUCUCACCUCAUCCAAAUGGAGGUGAACAGGAAGGCCCUUUAUGGGGUUCGGGUAUGCAGGAACGCCCCAGAAAUAUCUCAUCCAUUGUUCGCCGACGAUAGCAUUAGUUUUUACAGGGCAGAUGGAAAAGUUGUAGAGGCAAUCGGGAAGGUGCUGGAGCUGUAUGGGAAUGCUUCAGGGCAAGUAGUCAAUUUUAACAAGUCAGAGAUGUCUACUAGUCGAAAUGUUGCUCAUUAUGACCGAUAUAUUUUAGCCUCUACUCUAGGGGUUAAACUAUUUGACUCACAAGAUAUCCAAAGGAUGAUGGCCCGUUUUUGGUGGAGUUGCAAGGAGGAGGAGAGGAAGAUUUUAUGGGUUGCUUGGGAUAAAUUAUGUGUGUCUAAACACUCUGUUGGUUUGGGGUUCCGCAAGGUAAUUGAUUUCAAUGAAUCCAUGUUGGCUAAGCAAGGGUGGAGAUUGAUUCAACAGCCGGAGCUGCUCUCGUCUCGCCUUCUGAAGGCACGUUACUACCUGAAUGGUAGCUUCUUGAGCUCGACAAUCGAGAGCAGGUCGAGCUAUGUUUGGAGAAGCAUAUGGUCUUGUAAGUGGGUGAUUGAGAAGGGGUGUAAGUGGGUAGUUGGUGAUGGGAGGAGUGUAGACAUAUGGGAUGACCCAUGGCUGAGCCAUCCGCCCUCCUUUAAGCCAAUUUCUAGCAGACCUGUGGGGUGCAACUUGGGGAAGGUAGGAAACCUUAUCAACAAGGACACAAACAGAUGGGAUUCACAUAAGGUUAACGUUUGA